UAUAUAUCUCCCUCCAUUCUUCUCAUAUUUGCAUUUUAGCUAGCUUUCUCUCUCUGGUUUACUCUGUACGUACGUCAUUGACUUAGCUGUGGAAGCAAGGAAAUCAUGAAGGAGAACAGGGAAAACCCCCUCAACUUGAAAUCACUGAAUCACAUCUCGCUUCUUUGUCGCUCUGUCGACGAAUCCCUGGAUUUCUACAAGAACGUUCUUGGGUUUUCCCAAAUCAAGAGGCCUAAUUCCUUUAACUUUGAUGGAGCUUGGUUAUUCAAUUUUGGUGUCGGCAUACACCUUUUGCAAUCGGAAGACUCUGAUGACAUGCCCAAGAUUAGACAAAUUAAUCCCAAAGAUAAUCACAUUUCUUUCCAAUGUGAGAGCAUGGGAGCAGUUGAGAAAAAAUUGAAGGAAAUGGAGAUAGAGUACUUGAAGAGCAGGGUUGAGGAGGGCGGAAUCUACGUCGAUCAGCUGUUCUUCCACGAUCCCAACGGCUCGAUGAUCGAGAUUUGCAAUUGCGACAACCUGCCCGUGGUCCCACUGUCCGGAGACACCGUCCGAUCAUGCUCUUGCAAGUGUGCAGCAGGAACGAAUUCGUCUCUUUGACGAAUGGUGUAGGUGAAUGAUCAAU